GACCGAAGUUCAGAGAGGGGUGGGCCAGCUGUCUGCUCUCAGGGGAUAUAAGCCGUCAGUCAGUGUGAUAUAUGAGCAACGAGACGUCUGCUGCAGUACAAGUUCCACACUUUCAUCUUAAAAAGGUCUGAUGUCUGACAAGGAUUUGUCCAUCGGGGAGGAAGAGGAUGACAGAAACCUCAACUACAACCCUCCCGCCCAGAAGUCUUUGCAGGAAAUUCAGGAUUUGGACAAAGAUGAUGAGAGCCUGGUCAAAUACAAGCAGACCCUGCUGGGAACUGGGCCAACAGCAGCGCCCUCUGGGCUUAACGUCGAGGUGACCAGACUGACCCUGUUGUGUGAUGAAGCUCCUGGAACAAUCGCCAUUGACCUGACAGGAGAUCUGGACACUCUGAAGAGGAAGAGCUUCACCUUAAAGGAAGGAGUGAACUACAGACUAAAGAUACACUUCAAGGUGAACAGAGAAAUCGUUGCUGGCUUGAGGUACCAUCAUGUGACCACCAGGAAAGGAAUUACAAUGGACAAGGUCUCGUACAUGGUGGGAAGUUAUGGCCCACGCGCAGAGGAGCACGAGUUUGUGUCCCCGGCUGAUGAGGCACCCAAAGGCAUGAUAUCACGUGGCCAAUAUCAGAUCAAGUCCCGCUUCACCGACGACGACAAGAACAUCUACUUGGAGUGGAUGUGGUGCUUCGAAAUCAAGAAGGACUGGGAUGAAUAGAGGGAGACAGUGAGAGGGAUGGCACUUCUCUUUUUCCCUUUCUUUCACUCCAAUUCUUCACCUUCUCUUUUCAAUUCCCCUCUUUCACCCUGUUCCACCUUGUCCUGUAAGAGCAGCUUUGCAAUAGCUGAAACAGGAGGCUCUACUUCCCUUCUUCUUUCUCCAUCUUCUCCUUUUCUAUCCUAUCCUCUAAUGCAGGUCUCCUGAAACCCAUGAGCAAACUGGGACUUUUAGAGAAGAGAACCCCUUCCCUGCCCCUCUCUCUGUUCCUUAGUUACCUACAUGAAGAAGCUUUUUGGAGGAAGAUGAAGUUUCCCUUUCCUUUCUUUUUCCGCUCCCUGUCGUUCAUCCUUGCUCUACAUCCAGUCAUGUAUCCCUACCAUCAUACAGCAGGAGUUGGUGGUCUGCAAUAGCAGGCAAAUAAAGGAAGUCAGUUUGAGGCACAAAGGGAAAUAUAAUAUAUAUAGAUAACUUGUUACAGCUGAAGUGAAAUGCACACAUCAGCAAGCUGCAGAUGCUGUUGUUGUGGUUGUUUUCCAUAGCCUGUAAGAUCCAUUUAUUAUUAUGAAUAUUGAAAAGCCAUGAUAUACUGACAAGAUGAGAGAAUAUGCACUGAGCAGUUUGCAGUGCACUUACAAACAUUCAAUAUCCGUCAAACAGACUUUCCCAAAGAGAAGAAAUUAAAAAUUCAAAUACAGAGUGCAUUUGGAUGCACAUGUCGCAGUAUUUGAUAAAAAGUUACCAGUAAAAUGUCGACAAUUGAAACAAUUUGAAGGGAUCGUCACAAGGAAUGUCCCUGCUUUAGUUUCCUUAGUUAACUAGGCUGAAGGAACAUUUCUGCACAAUCCAUGACUCUCUCGAUACUGUGAGUCCAUUGUAACCUGCUCUCAAACAUCAGACAUUACUAAUUUUACAAUUCCGUUGAUAGAAAUCAGAGGAGCUUAUUAAACAUAUAAAGUUUAGAAUAUAUAUGGGAAGGAAAUAGGAUCCAAUUGGAGUUAGAUGCAGUGACAUUUCUGUAACAUAUUUCUUUACAGUUUUCUUUACAAGUAUUUCUUUAGUUAAAAUAGAUCUUUUUAUUUUGUCCUAUGGUUUGACAUUUUUAUACUUUCUCUUACUCUAACUGAUUUUUGUUUGUUCACCUAAAUUCCAUGUUUACAUGAUUUUGCUUUUAAAUACAGUAAAAUAAAAUAAAAAAUCAACACAAAUAUUUUUUGUAAUUAGACAUAUGCAAAAAAAAAAACCCUGAGUAACAGUAUACAUCAACAAUUGCAGUUUUGGUUUAAUAAGUAAAAUUAUGUCUUCGAAUCCUCCAUUAGAAUUUGCCUCUAAAUGAUUCAAAUAUCAUUACAAUAUUAUUAAUAUAUUGGGAUGAAAAGAUUCAGCUUUCCUCCCAAUGUGCACUACAUGCAUAAGAUCUUGGGCUUGUGUUUUACCAACCUUUUGUAAGAAGUUGUGUUUGCUUUCAAAGCGCCAGUUUUCUCAAGUCUUUGUGGAGCUUUUUCAAAGAGCAGACCAAUGAAAGACUGUAAUUGAACUGUGUAUAUUGUAGAAAGCGAUGCAUGUAUGUCCUUUAGGAUUUGAAUUCACUCAGUAAAAAUAAAGAAAAUUAGACCUUUCUAAACCUCUCUCAUAUACCAAGGACAUGAGAUGUGAAUAAAAUUCUGCUUUGAACUAAAAUGGAACAUUUUAAGAUGGUAGAUGGAACAUAACGGAAUACUGUCAGAGUAUAUCAAGGGAUGAAUUAAUUCCCCUUUAAAAAAAAAAAAAAAAAGAAUAUCAUUAUUGUGUUAAGUCUUUGGAUAUGAUAUUGUCAUUGUUGCUGAACAUAUUGAACAUUGAAAUACCAUUUGAAAUUGUUGUGAUCUAAGACUAACUGUAAAUGUUGGCUUGUUGGGUGUUGCAUGGUUUAGCAAGAUUCUCUCUUCCUUUUUUUACGACUUUAUUGUAAAAUUUAAUGUGAUUAAAAAAAUGAAGAUACUGACGCAAUAUCCAGAUGUCAAUGGUGGCCAUAUACUGCAGAUUACAGUAUUUACAGGGAUAUUUUUAAAGGCACGGAUAGCUGGAAACAGCUGCCAACUGUGUCUUAUGCCCCAGCCUGUAACGAUCAAGUGCUGAAUCUUCAAAUAUUGGUGUCAAAUCUAGUAUCCUGUA